UACAUUCAGUACGCUGCUGCCUCUCAGCGUACAGAGCAGCAUCCAGUGAACCAGCUUCUCUAUAAAAUUAAUGUAUUUUCCUUUAUACCAGCGCGUAGAUAGUCUUAAAUAUUUCUGCUACAGCAAUAGUUAUUUGGGAUUUUUCAGAGGGACCAUAUAAGGAAGCCAGAGAAGAGCCGGAGGACGUGUGAGAACUUGAGUUUUAAAGAAAAAAAUCCCCUUUUGGUCUGCCUACACUCUGCUUGUUAGCUUUUGCCAAGAGAGUGAUUUACUACAGUCCAAGGAAACAUGAGCUUUCUUUUUCUAAACCGUUCAAACAAAACGUUCAAGCCCAAGAAGAAUAUCCCGGAGGGUUCUCAUCAGUACGAGCUGUUGAAACAUGCAGAGGCUACACUGGGAAGUGGAAACCUGCGCAUGGCAGUCAUGUUGCCUGAGGGUGAAGACUUAAAUGAGUGGGUCGCAGUCAACACUGUGGAUUUCUUCAACCAGAUCAACAUGCUGUAUGGCACCAUUACAGAUUUUUGCACAGAGGAAAGCUGUCCAGUCAUGUCUGCUGGUCCUAAGUAUGAGUACCACUGGGCAGAUGGAACCAACAUCAAGAAGCCCAUCAAAUGCUCUGCUCCCAAGUAUAUUGAUUACCUCAUGACCUGGGUGCAAGACCAGCUCGAUGAUGAAACACUUUUCCCUUCAAAGAUCGGUGUCCCCUUUAAGCGAAACUUUAUGUCAGUGGCAAAGACCAUUCUGAAGCGCCUGUUCAGGGUCUACGCUCACAUCUACCACCAGCACUUUGACUCUGUGAUGCAGCUGCAAGAGGAGGCCCACCUCAACACGUCAUUCAAACACUUCAUCUUUUUUGUUCAGGAGUUCAACCUCAUUGACAGGAAAGAGCUGGUCCCACUUCAGGAGCUGAUUGAAAAACUGACAACCAAGGAUAGAUAAACAGCAAUGUAAUCCUUAUUUUAUUGGUCUUCUAGUUUUUGCACAGAUACCCACCCCACCCUGGCUGUACGUAUGCAGUAUAUACUAUAUUUCCAUUUGGGGAAAUGUUUUUAAUAGGGCCAGGAAGAAGGAAGGGUCUUGAUAGGUUUAUGGCACCAGGACUAAUGCUAUCAGGGAUUACACACUUAAUUGAACAAACCACAGAUUAACAUUUUGGAGAAAAUGGUUUUAAUUGUAAGGAAAGAUCCCCAGUGUUCAGUCAUGGCUCACAUUAGGAUAAUAUAGACAUAUUCUCAUUAGUUUUCUAAUAUUCUGCACAGUUAAUUUUUUUUUCACUUGGAUUUCUAGCAACACAAGGCAUUUCCUUGCUCUUAGAUUCCCAUUUCAAUCUCACCUGCAGGGAAGAAUAGUGUGUAAGCAACGUUGCUGUAUAAUAGGAGGGCUUUGAUGGUGUUAUGGCAAGAUUUAAAGCCAGCGUUUAAGCCAAUUUUACCGCAGUAGUUAGUUCAUUUACACACAAAUCUACAUAGAAGGAUCUGGGAUGUGGUCUGCUACUUUUUACAUCUGUAAGAGCCCACAUCUGUCAAUACAAAAUAAUCCUAAGUGCCUAGCAUGGCUCAUAAUCGCCCUAUAUCAACAGUGAGAGCUGUAAGAAGAUAAAGGCCAUAUAGCGAUGACUUGAUUGACAUAGCAUUAAAUUUUCCACGCCCCCUCCCUUUCAGUUUAUGUGGUUCUUAUGGCCCUUUUCUAUUUGUACUUAAAAUGUAUUUUCUCUUUUAAAACCACACUCUUCACCAACCUUCUCCUUAAUUCAGUUAUUUAGGAAGUCUCUUUACCAAGUGUUCUUUGCAGGUAAUGAUAAAUGAAUGUGUUUAAGGACAUAGAAGUGAGGCUAGAAUAUCGUCAUGUCGUAGCAGGAACUAAAAAUUAACGAACCUUUUAGCGUUUUCUAGGGACAUGUUCCUGUGUGCUAGUUUUUCCCUCAAAACUUGAAGUAGAAACAAAUUUUUAGGAAAAGUCAAGGGAUCUAAAACCUUAAAUUGUAUAUAAGUGUCCUCAAAUAGAAGUAGAGACCUGUGUUAAAAGUCACAACCUCCGCUGUUUAAAAAAUAACAAGCAUUUUGAAUUGGACUAUGCUGCAUCCCUUGUUAUCUCACUAGCCAUAAAGCACUUUGAACAAUUUUCCUGACCUCUUUUGCCUGAAUGUUUAUUCUGCAUAGACCGUGCUUUGUGAGAAGCUGUAUCAUGUGACUGAUGAUUUCCUCCCUUGUAUUUCCCCCCAAAUGAAUGUUGAAUUGCUUAAACCUCCUCUGAAAUUGGCGCUGAGGCACAAAGUGAGAUUUCUUAUGCUUUUUGUACGGUUGUUUGUUGCUGUGCUUCAAACAGCAGAUGCAUGUACCCUCCCCAAUCUCAAAGUGUAGUUUACUAUGCAAUAAUUGACACAACACUAAAAAAGGGUUACCGGUUGGCUCAUUCAUACUUUAUCUAAUAUUAAUUUAAGUGCUUCAAUUCUGGUGUAUGAUAGAAAUAGAAUCCUCUUUCAGGUUUGGUUUAAAACAGUGAGAUGAACAUUUUAUAUAUCUUUGUCAGAGAGGUGUAAUACUUCAAUGCACACAUGUAAAUACUGAGGGUUAGACCUGUCUUAAAGAUACAUUUUCAGCGAGCAUGGAGUGGUGGCUUUUGGUUUAAAGAAUGCAUCAAGUCUUUUUAGAGGCUGCUUCCCCCCCCCCCUUUCCCUCAUUUGGAUAUUAAAAUCUUGUUUGUUUUUAACUGUUGAGUAUCUUUUACCACUUCCUUAGCUAACUAUUAUGAAUGUUACUGCUCACCAGAUUUCAGAAAGUGUAAUAGAAAAUCAGUCAUCAUCCUGAAAGCAUCUCAUCCUUAUGAAAUGCCCGUAACAUAGCAUAUUGCCUACAGUUUUUCCUCCUUGACUGUAAUAAUUGAUGAAAUGUUUGUAAAUAAUGGCUUGAUAGGGGUUUUCAAUGCUACUGAAUUGAUUUAUGCUGUUUACAAGGCAAAUAAAGGUGGUCUUGACUCUU